GGAGGCCCCGAGACGGUCUCUGCUCUCCUUGUUGAACUCAGAAUGUCGUGUCUCGCUUUAUCAGUGAUAGCCACGGGCACGUGUGUGGCUUUGGAACUCGGCUGUCGUGCUGCUGCCUGAUUCUUGGGACACCUCUAGCCCCUGUUUUGUUCUCGUUUUCCUCUCCGUAAGCGUGUUAGAGCAGACACUCGGGUGAGGUUAGACACGCAGGAGCCCUACCAGCGGCAGCACCUGUAGGAGGAAAGGGAGGGGAGCAGACGUCGGAACGAGCUUUGGUCCUGGAGCCUGGGUUGCCUGCUAGGGGAGUCCACGUCUCACUCCCUCACUGGCCGGCAGUGACCUGUGCACAGCGUGCCCAUCGGAAGGUGGAUCCAGAGGAUGCAGCUGGGGCCAUUUGUCAGUUACAUUUCCCCAGCAGCAGAUCUGCCCACUGCGUUUCCAUGGUGACCAGUGACUUGAGUACCUGAGACCCUGGUAGCGAAUGUCCGGAGGAAGCGACUCUCAGAGAACCAGCCCGUCCGCGGCCUCCCUCUCCGAGAAUGAGCUGCCUCCCGGCUACGUGUGCUCUUUGUCCGAAGAGCUGGUCGCCAAAGCCCGGGAAGAGCUGCAGGAGAAGCCGGAGUGGAGGCUGCGGGACGUGCAGGCCCUUCGGGACAUGGUGCGCAAGGAGCACCCGACCCUGAGCACCUCUCUGGACGACGCCUUCCUGCUGCGCUUCCUCCGAGCCCGCAAGUUCGAUUAUGACCGGGCCCUGCAGCUCCUGGUCAGCUACCACAGCUGCCGCAGAAGCUGGCCGGAAGUCUUCAGUAACCUGAGGCCGUCGGCCUUGAAGGAUGUCCUGGCUUCCGGCUUCCUCACUGUGCUGCCCCACACCGACCCCCGUGGCUGCCACAUCGUCUUAAUCCGCCCAGACAGAUGGAUCCCCAGCAACUAUCCGAUUACUGAGAACAUCCGCGCCAUAUACUUGACCUUAGAGAAGCUCAUUCAGUCUGAAGAAACCCAGGUGAAUGGAAUUGUGAUUCUUGCAGACUACAAAGGAGUGAGCUUAUCAAAAGCGUCGCAUUUUGGUCCUUUUAUAGCCAAAAAGGUGAUUGGCAUCCUCCAGGAUGGUUUCCCCAUUCGGAUAAAGGCGGUCCACGUAGUGAACGAACCGCGAAUAUUUAAAGGCAUUUUUGCCAUCAUCAAACCAUUUCUGAAGGAGAAAAUAGCAAACAGAUUCUUCCUGCACGGGUCUGACCUGAACUCUCUCCACACAAACCUCCCAAGGAGCGUUCUCCCCGGGGAGUACGGGGGCACGGCUGGAGAGCUGGACACUGCCGCCUGGAACGCGCUGCUGCUGGCCUCGGAGGACGACUUUGUCAGAGAGUUCUGCCAGCCUGUCCCUGCCUGCGACAGCGUCGAGGGCCCGGCGCUGCUGCCCGAGGGGCUGGCUGCCGACGCGCAGUGCGACGACGCCGUGCGAGCUGGGAAGUCCCAGCUGUACGCCUGCUAUUAGCCAGCACCCUGCGAGCGCCGCCGUCUUCCAGUCCUCUCCCUUUGCUCUGGAGACACACGAGGAGAACUGCAGGUGCCAAGGAUUCGGUCGCACUCCUUGUACUUAGACAGUGUUGGAACAGCCCGCAGAGCUUUGACAGCCCAUCACGGAUGAAACUUCGCUUACUUGAGUUUCUCCGUGUAAGACGUGGGACGUGUUCCCAGUGAUCUCCAGGUGUUUGGAAUCUUGGUUUGCAACUCUUAAAUCUGCAAGCCGUGUCUGGUUCCAUGCCUCUCUGAAGCGAGACAGAUCAGGGCCUGAGGCACUGUGAGCCCAUUUUGCAGGAGAAAACCACCCACCUGGCCAGUGUGGUCAGGCCUGCACGAUGGCCAGUUGGAAAGCUUUGGCUUUGGGACUUUGUGUCUUCCUCGUGGACCUCAACUGUUGCUCAUCAGGAAAUGAAUUCCGAGGUCCAGGCCCCAGUUGCUGUCACUGGGUUUGGAAGGGACCUUCGCCUAAUCAUGCAAGCUGCAGGACGUAAUCAGCACUUCGCCGUGAACUUGGGAAGCCAGAGACUGGCGCUCCUCUGGAGUUCAUUGGCUGACCCUAGUAAUAGACACCUGGAUUUUCCCAAACCCAUAAACGCUUACCCCGGUUCUCAAAAGACUGAGUCAGGGUCCUAGAAGUACAUGUUUUUACUCCCCCCUAAAGCACUGGAUUCCAAGUCUGUGUAGCUAGAUUUCUGGCCCAGGAAUCAGACCUGGGCCCCAGUGUGAAUGUAACACACGGCCUUCUAUGGGCUCAGCUUUCUUGUGGGUAGAACAAGGCCUGGAUGAAAGGUACAGCCAGGGCUCUGGCUGCUGAGGUUCUGGGAUUUGGUUUAGCUCCUGAAUGUUCAGAUUUUGCCUGGAAAGAUGACUGUCCAGAGACAAGCGAUUGGAUCCUGUUUGCCUGUGGAUUUCAGGAGGGAUUGCCACCAUUUGGCCCUGCCUUCAGGGAAAAUAGUGUGUGUGUUCCCGGGACCCUGCUGCCUACUACCUUCAUAGAGUGCUGGUUCAACUUUAAAAGGAUGACUUUCGUGAGGCCGGUGGAGGCCGCCAGGAUCUUGCAUGGCCUUGUAAGCCUGGCUGCGGUGGGCACACAGUGCUUGAGAUUUUAAGUUUUGGUCCCUGGAAGUGAACACAGGGGCAGGUUCUGGCUGGCUCAUUUCCGGGGCGCCAGCUCUCCCAGACUCGCGGGAGUUUCUCUCCAGGGUGGAAGGACCCUGCAUUUUGGCACUUUAGACCCUCGCUGUCAAGAUGCUGGCCUCAGCCCCAGCAUCAAUUAGGUGGUCCAUGAGAUGGCUUUCGACCUGUUGCCCUUCCCAUUCAUUCCAUGUGUCCGUGUAGCCAGCGCUACCCGUGUGUGUGUGUACAUUCUCUGUGCAUCUGUUAGACCAAACGCCGGAGGAGACAGCUGUGGAGAGCAGGGCUCUCAAGUUCAAAGGCCAGCCUGUUGUUAAUGAAGCCGUUCAUCUUUAGAGCACUUUUACAAAGGUCUGGAGAAGCUGCUGGUGGGAAUUAGUUUAUUUACCUCAUUAAUGCCAAUUCUAGGGAAAGUUCUUUUCACAGCCACAGAUACUAACCCUGGAUCCUCUAGGAUCUGGGUAGAGCUGCAAAUGCCAAAACACACACCUCUGGUUGCCUGUAUUUCCCCCCCAACGGGGAUGUGACCUGCAUGGCUGUAAGGCCCAAGGACGGCAAGGAUGGCUGAAGCCAAGGGUCCGGAACCCAACGACCUGGGCCCAAGAAAUGGUUAGAAGCUUUCUUAGGGCCCAUAGAGGGAGGAGAGGAGAAACAAAAAAACCCCACAGAAACAGUGAGACGGAGAGAAGAAUGACUCAGCUCCAUCAGUUCCUGAGGUUUAAGUUCGACCCCACAUUCCUGGCCAGUGGCCGGUGGCUCUUGGCCGUGUGACCUCGCAUCGUGAUGGCCACGCUUUGCAGAACGUCUCAGGCAGACAGCGCGCUGUCCGUUUCCCGGCGGAGAAGCUGUGUCUUGCGGCUUCUGCAGAGGAGUCUGCCAGGUUUGUCAGCCUCGCCGAGCUGCCUGCUUCGUUUUGCCUCCAAAGAGAGCCCUGAGCCGUGGCAUCUCGGGAGGCUCGGACCAAGCUGCAAACCAGGACAUCACUGGGUGCCCAAGGAGGCGGCCUCUGCGCGGCCUCACCGGGGCAUUUGUGUGGUUGCCCCAGCAGGGCCGGGAGUGCACGGGAUUCUUAGUAGUGGGGAGCAACCCAGGCAACGCUGAGAGCUCGGAAGUGUUUUCCUUCAGGGCAAAGCUCCAGCCGAUUCACAAACCUGCAAAUUAACUCUCCCCUAAAUCCAGGGCAGUACAGCGCUGGGGACGGAGGGAGUGAGGAGACCGAGUUCAGCUCCACCUUGCUCUGUGCUCUGAAUGAGUGACUUCACACUCUUGACGCAUAUACAAUAAAGGGCUCUGCACCCUGGGCUCUGCGCCCCCUGUCCUGACACUUCAUUGGCUUUACUGCUUCAGGGACACUGCUCCGUUUUUACAGGUGCCUUCCCUCACCCCCCAAUUUGGGUUGUUACUUAGGCCAUCUAGGUCUGGAUGAACUGACACCUAAAGCUUUCAAAUCGGUCCACAGGUUCAGGUAUCUGGUUGUUUUCCUCCGCCUCUUCCCCCAUGUCCCACAGAGCAUUCUGGGAAGUUGUAUUUCUUCCUAGAAACCACAUCUGCUUCCAUGGGGAGGGGAGGGGCUGGGCAGAAUCUAUGGAAGUGCCCACAAGUGCGACCCUGGCUCCACAUCUGGAGCUUCUCGCUCUUGCGAAGAUGGCUUUGAUACCCCGCACCUUGCUUUCACAAGGGAGCACUUGUUCUAGGGUUAUCAGUGCGCAGGUUACGAGACACUGUUCCCGGUCAGGGCGAGAAGAGGUAUCGAUUGAGCCUCUCCCCAUUCUUCUGGGUGGGCGGCAGCUUUAAAUGCCACCGAGCCUCACGUCCGUCAUGGGCGUUAGUACGUGGUGACAUCCGAGACCCAUCUGAAAGUUUUCAGCUGUGAAAGCUGCUUUUAUUGAGGGGCGCAAGGUCGGCAGAGCUCACGGUGUGCACGUGGCCUUCCUGGGCCCAGGGGAGGGUGGAGAUCGCCCACAGAAGCGUGCUGGCUGCUGGGGAAAGAACAGCUGAGAAAGCCUCUCGGAACGGGGAUCUGUUCGUGUUGCAAAUCUAAAGGAGGGUCCUUUCGGCUCUCUGGCCUCUGAGAAGCUGCUGGAAGGGCAGGAGAUGAACGUGAGCUGGGCAGAGGUCCUCCUAACGGGAGCUGGCUUCGUGGGACGGCACAGCCCCGACUCUGGCAGUGUCGGCGGCCGGUGUGCAUUCUCGCAAAUGCGCCUGGGCUUCCUGGCAUAGCAGGUAGGAACCUGUCCCAAGUGAGAUACUUGACCUUCCUCGGUGGCCAGGAACCUCUGAGGGCACUCUCUGACGGGGUGGGAGCCGGGCGAAUCCCCUGGCCAGCUGGGGGCACCAUUUUCCGCCUCUGGCCUCAUUCCUUGCUUCAAACUGAAAUUCAGUUUGGUUCUGAGCUUAGGGACGUGUGUGGACUCAUCUACUUCAGUGUUUGUUUUGACCAAAGGUUUAUUUUUCUAGUGCAUUUUCUAAGUCAAAGUGGUGAAAAUCUAUGUCAAUUUUAGUAUGCAUGACUGGGUCUCAAUAAAAACUGCUGUUAAGGUUGAA